AUGCGCGAACAAAGAAUAAGAGGCUGUAUUGAUACGAUCAGGACUCGUAGUGAGCAUGCUCAAUUGUUCUUUGAUGUAAUUGCAGCGCACAAUCGCAAGUGCCGGUAUCACUACGAAGUAAAGUAUACGAGUAAGCCUUUUUUUAACGAUUUUGGUGAAGUGAAUAAGUUCAAACCAAAAAGUUUGUAA